AGGGUGUGCUGUUUAGCAGGAAGUGCAGUGAACACUGUAAUGUUCACUUUGUGCAGAGAGCAAACAACUUCUGAAAGCUCUCUCUUCAAACAGUGGACUUUCUCAGCUCUCUGGACAAUGGCUGAAGAAAACAGGUCGUGUGCAAAAGGCUUCGUUGACAGCAGCAUUCACGUGGACGUAAAGGAUUACUAUGGCAAGAGGCUGAAGAGCUCCGCAGACCUGAAGAGCAAUGCCUGUGUGGCUCCAGCCCAGCCCAUCCCUGCCUUCAUCCGCCAGGCUCUGAAGAAAGUGCACCCUGAGGUCACCGCCAGGUACUAUGGCUGUGGUCUGGUGGUGCCAGAGUGCUUGGAAGGCUGCAGGAUACUGGACCUGGGCAGUGGGAGUGGGAGAGACUGCUACAUGCUGAGUCAGCUGGUGGGAGAGAAGGGCCAUGUCACUGGCGUUGACAUGACUGAGGACCAGCUUGCACUGGCCAGGACAUAUAUUGACUAUCACAUGAAAGAGUUCGGCUACAAAAAACCCAAUGUCAGUUUUGUCCAGGGCUACAUAGAGGCCCUAACAGAAGCGGGUCUGGAAAAGAGCUCAUUUGAUAUCAUCAUUUCCAACUGUGUGGUGAAUCUCUCUCCAGACAAGAAGCGAGUACUGGCUGAAGCCUACAGUGUGCUCAAGGAUGGUGGUGAGCUGUACUUCAGUGACGUCUACAGCAGUGGAAGACUAACAGAGGAAAUUAAAAAUCACAAAGUCCUGUGGGGAGAGUGUCUUGGUGGAGCGCUCUGGUGGAAGGAUCUGCUGCAGUUGGCUGAAGAAGUGGGCUUCAGCACACCACGGCUGGUUACAGCCAACAUCAUCACUGUCGACAACAAAGAGCUGCAGGACGCUCUGGGUGACUUCAAGUUUGUCUCCGUCACAUACCGCCUGUUUAAGGUCCCCAAAGGCAACACCAAGCCCUGUCAGGUCAUAUAUAACGGGAGUGUGACAGGAGUAGAGGACACCUUCCAGUUUGACUGUCAGUACACAUUCAAGGUCAAUGAAGUAGUGGAGGUCGAUAGAGAGUUGGCUUCCAUCCUGACCCACUCCAGAUUUAGGGAGGACUUCACUAUCCAGCCACCGGGAGGCCCAAGUGAGUCUUGUGGAGUCAAACCUAAGCCAGGCAUUGUGGAUCCUUUCGAGCUGGCCCCUCAGCUGGAGAAACAAGGUCCAGGUUCAGCCACAGGGGGAUGCUGCAGCACACGGUCUGCUACCUGCUGCAAGUGAUGGUGGGAAGAGCACUGACAAAUAAAGGCCCAGCAUCAUACUGUGUAACAGCAGUUCACAGUAUGACAGCACUCACUUAAUUAUGCCCUAUGCAGUGUCAUUAUGUUGCAUCUUAUUAACAUUUGAAUGAGAUGUCAGCAAUCGAAAUUAAUUACUGCUGCAUGAACAUCUGUUAUUGAUGCUCUGUGCACACUUGCCUGUUUAUCGCCUCAACAUGGGGACGAGAAAAGACUGAAUACAUGAAUUUAAUUUAUUCAAAUAAUAAUAUUGCUGAAAUAAAAUGACUUUUGGUUUGUAUUAAGGCAAAAUCAGAACACUAACAAAUUCAAAACAUGUACAUAAUCUUGAACGGUAUUGGUGCCUCUUGUCUAUGGUCUUAGACAUUUGAAUUUCUAAACUGUGCCAUCCACACCUUUAUCAGGACUUUCCCACCUUUGCCUUUACAAAUGACUGUACUUCUCUUGUAAUACCUCGAAUUUAAUUGAUUUGUUUUAGCAGUAUAUUACCAGGUUAUGCAUCAGUGUGAGCUUUGCAAAGUUCUGUUAAUUAUUAUGUGUUAUUUCUGUUAUAAGACAAUAAAUACUGCCAAUCAGA